UGCAUUUUGAGUGACUAUGAGGAAGAGGGAGGCGUCCCUGAAGACAGUAAGCAAGAUGUACUGCCUCAGCAACCCAAAGCCCACAGCCCAGACUGUGGGGCAGCCAGUCUGCAAAGGCAGAGGCGGGCAGCUUGUAAUAAACCCUCUACCCAAAGAAGAGGUUCCAGGAAACUUGUCCUUGUCGCUGAUGACCAGAAACAGCAUACAGAAGAGAAACCCUACAAGUGUACAAAAUGCGGAAAGGGCUUCAAGGGGAGCUCCAGGCUCCUGAACCACCUGCAAACCCACACGAGAGAAAAAAUGUUUGAUUGUGUAGAAUGUGGGAAGAGCUUUAGCAGGAAGGCCAACCUGGCAAUGCACCAGAGAAUCCAUACGGGGGAGAGGCCUUACAAGUGCAAGGAAUGUGAGAAAACUUUUAGCCGUACCUCAAACCUUAUUGCUCACCGCAAAACCCAUGCGAAAAAGAAAGCUGCUUUCUGCACCAUGUGCAGGAAAAGCUUCAGUGGAACUGCUGCUCUCUUCCGGCAUCAGAGAGUCCAUACGGAUGAGAAGCCCUACAAGUGUACAGAGUGUGGAAAUAGCUUCCGUCUGCGGUCAAACUUCAUCAAACAUCAGUGGAUUCAUUUGAGAGAGAGACCCAGUGAACACACAGCAGAUGCAAACUGUUCUGAAUCUACAUCUCUGCAUCAUAAAGAAGAGCAAAGGUGUAGUGCAGAGAAACGUGAGACAGAGGACUUGAAUCUUGUUCUUGAAGAGUUGAAGAAAAUGAGGGAAAACAUGGAUAUGCUUCUUCUGAAUCAGCAAAGUCAGCUUCAGGUCCUGCAAGAAAUUCAGAAACAACUGAAUAUACUCCUCCCUGGCAAUGAUCUCAUUAAUUCAAAUGUCUAUAGCUUAGGACUUCUGCUAGGACGGCAGGCAGCUGCAGCGGCGUCUCUUUCUUUUCCCCUUCGUAAUCCCAGCAGUCUCCUCCCUGAAAAUGCCAGUCUCUCAUCGCAGUCACCUGCUCCUGGAAUUCAGUUUAGCACUCAGCUCCCAGUCUCUCAACAUCCUGCAGCUUCUACUUGAUCGGCUUUGUGCUGUGAAUGUGUCCAAUGUAAACUAAUGUGAUUACUGUUUGGUACUGUUUUCCCACUCAAACCUGUGAUCUCUGUGUUGUAAUGUUGAAAUUCUGGUCCCUGUGAAGAUGCUGACCAUAUGCUCAGACUUGGAAAGAUACAUGCCUCAGAUGCAUCAGUAAACAGCAGUUGAUCAAAUCCACUGCCCGUUCAUUCAUUGCAGCAUGCAGAAGUUUUUGGCCAGUAAUAUAUUUUGUCAAGGCAGCUUGAGAGAUCUUUAUCACCAGGGUGUAAAGUGCAACAUCCAUGUAUAAGAUAAUGCAUAAAAGUUAAGCAUAUUUUUCUACCUGAUAUGUCUUUAUUAUGUACUUGAGCAACUGGAUGUCUCCUAAUGAGCUGAAACUGAUGACAAAAUCAUCAGGGAUGCUUUAAGCAACUCCUGUUAAGGCUGAUUUGUAUAGAGGUAAGCAUGUUGCUUACGUGAAGGCGUUCAAUUUAGCUGCACCUCUAUUCCCACAAUCAUUUGCAAAAUUUUCCUUCAUUCAGGAGGCUGAUUCUUAGGCCAGCAUAGCUACUAAAACUACAAAAAAUAUUUCUGCUUUUUGUUUAAAACAACCCUCCCUGCCACCCCACCCCCCAAAAAAAAACCCCCAAACCCAAUAAAACACCACCAUUCAGGUCUGCCUUGCUUACUAAGGGUUUAUGAGGAAAAGCCAAUUGGUUUAUUGGAUACUUGUUCUUUUGUUCACAGGUGAACUCACUCGAGUCUGUUUUCUAGAUAUUCUGUCAUAACCUGUUUGGAUUAUUACAUGUUGUUGACUGUUAUGUAUCAGUUCAUUGUGGGUAGGACUGGGGUGAAUAAUUACUGUUCAGAGAGGAACACGGAGAAGCUCAGGUGCACCAUCCUGCAAAGUCUGUGGGGGGAAAACAAUUACCACCCCCAGCCCCCACAGGACUCUGAAAUGGGGCAUUUUAAGUCUAGUAAGUGCAGAGUUUUAAGAAGUGUUAGCCCUUUCUACCAUCUUGUUUCUGUCAGUGACGCGAGCUAGUAGCAGUGUCAGAGCCUUUGAGCUUCAAAAGUGCAAAAAAGUUAACUAUGAUUUACCUUUGAACAGCUGCUGGGAUAAAGAAACUUUGGGGCUUGCGCCUAUGCAGAAUAGGCUUUCUCUUGAACUGAUGUUGUGUUUGUGGGCUGUUGGUUUUGUGGGGUUUUUUUAAUGAUGUCUUGUUAAACGGAUGCACCAUUAGUAAUUAAUACGGUUUAGAUUUUAAGAAUGGGAAACAGUACUUAUCUUAAUGAGUUGUCUUGUUAGUGACAGCGCAGUGAUGUCAGAUUCUGCUCUGAAGAUAAAACUGUGGGAUCAGGUAUGACUCUUUAUGUGUGCGUGCAUACAGACUGUGAAAAUCACACACUGGUUUUUAUUAUGUCAGAUUUUGUAUUAGUCUUAACUCAGUAAGAUAUUCAUUUAAGCCAAAUCGAGUGGCCUUAAAGGGCAUUCCUUCAGUGUCGUCAACUGUACUGAAAUGUUUGGGGCUUAUUUUCCAUCAGUUGAGUAUAUCAGAGUCAUGUGGCUCUAGACUUAAGAGCUCCAGUAAGAGUUGCUAAUGUUCUAUGGAAUCUUUGCGGUACUGUUCAUAACUUCUUGGAUGUUUUAAUUUCAUUUUGCUUAGAAGCAGAAUCACCUCUUCAAAGCAGUU